AUGUCCUCGCCACACAGCCAUUCGCCACAUCUCCUCUCGCCACAUGGUCACCAUUCUCCACAUCAUCACUCACCACAUCAUCACUCUCCACAUGGCCAUGGUACCAUCCAUUCUCCACAUCAUCAAAUCCAACAACAACAUUAUAAUAAUCUUCGUCAAGCUCAGCAGCAACAGCAACAACAUCAACAACAACAACAACAAAUCCAGCAACAACAACAACAACAUAUGAAUCAUCAUCAUCAUCAUCAUCAUGAUGGAUCAUCAUCACCACCACAUAGUCCAGCUUCAAAUUCUUCAACUCCAACUUUUCCACCUGAACAAGGUCAACCCAUGAUAUCACUAAACUCACCAAGAGAUGAGAAGGAAAAGAAGCGCCGUACCAGACUUAAAAAGGAACAAUCGACUGUUUUAAAGUCAUUUUUCAAUCGUGACUGUUACCCCAACAAAGAGGAAAAAGAGUCGCUGGCCAACCAACUUGGUAUGACCUACACGGCCGUAACAACUUGGUUUUCCAACAAACGCCAGGAAAAUCGUAGAAAAUCAACCGAUGGAACUGGUGGUCGCCGCGUACCAGUCCCCGAACAAUUGUCUCCAUCCUCUCCCAAUGGUCUUCCAUCGUUGAAUACAAGUGGUGGCAAACUCCCAACAAAAUUGGGAGAUGAAAGCACUUCAUUAACACCAAUCAUGAAUAGCAUGAAUGUAAAGAGUAAACAUCAAAAUCACCAUCAUCACCAUAACCAUCAUCAUCAAAAUCAACCUAUAGAAUCAUUACAACUUUCAACUAGUUCACCAGUUUCUCCAAGAGAAGCAAUAACAAAUAAUAAUAAUAAUAUUCCACCAUCUGAUAUUCAUGGACUUUCAAUUCUCUCCCAAGUUGCAAAGGGUGACAUUGAUAGUUUUAAUAGUACUCCAUCAUCAUCACCAAGAAAUCAUGAAUUUAAUCAAAAAAGAAAAGCAACAACCAAUUUAGAAAUCAAACAACACAAUCAAGAUGAUGAUGAAGAAGUUGAUGAAGAUGAUGAAGAUGAAGAAGAAGAGGAAUUAGAAAAUAUUAAUAAUAAUCAUUUAAAACAAUUACAACAACAAGACAAUAAUAACAAUAAUAUUAAUAAUGGAAAACAAAAAUUUAAUUAUCAUCAAAAUACUUUUAGCUUUUUAGAAGAAGAGUUGAAUAGACUUAACAAGAAAUACCCUCAAACAACAAAAUAA